AUGAGCACUGAAAGCAUGAUCCGGGACGUGGAGCUGGCCGAGGAGGCACUCCCCAAGAAGGCAUGGGGGCCCCAGGGCUCCAGACGGUGCCUGUGCCUCAGCCUCUUCUCCUUCCUGCUUGUGGCAGGAGCCACUACGCUCUUCUGCCUGCUGCACUUUGGAGUGAUCGGCCCCCAGAGGGAAGAGAAAUUCYUGAAUAACCUCCCUCUCGGCCCCCAGGCCCAGAUGCUCACACUCAGAUCAUCUUCUCAAAACAUGAAUGACAAGCCUGUAGCCCACGUUGUAGCAAAAAAUGAAGACAAGGAGCAGCUGGUGUGGCUAAGUCGUCGUGCCAAUGCCCUCCUGGCCAAUGGCAUGGAGCUGAUAGACAACCAGCUGGUGGUGCCUGCAAACGGGCUAUACCUCGUCUACUCCCAGGUCCUCUUCAAGGGCCAAGGCUGCCCCUCCUACGUGCUCCUCACCCACACUGUCAGCCGAUUUGCUGUCUCUUAUCAGGACAAGGUCAACCUCCUCUCUGCCAUCAAGAGCCCCUGCCCAAAGGAGAGCCUGGAGGGGGCUGAGUUCAAGCCCUGGUAUGAACCCAUCUAUCUGGGAGGGGUCUUUGAGCUGCAGAAGGGUGAUCGACUCAGUGCUGAGGUCAACCUGCCCAGCUAUCUCGACUUUGCUGAGUCCGGGCAGGUCUACUUUGGGGUCAUCGCUCUGUGA